UGUGAUGGAGCUAUCAUUGGUGGGGUUGCACACCCCGUGACAUGUGGACCGGAGCAAGAACCUCCCACCUUGCAUCUCUUCUCCCUGAACACAGCCGGACGCUGUCAUGGCCUCCAGUUAUCCGCCCCCCUUCGAGGGCACAGGUGAAGUGAAGGAGGGCUUUCUGUGCCCGCUGUGCCUGAAGGACCUUCAGUCCUUCUACCAACUCCAAGACCACUAUGAAGAGGAGCACUCUGGGGAUGACCGCCACGUCAGGGGGCAGCUCAAAAAUUUGGUUCAGAAGGCAAAGAAAGCCAAAGACAAGCUUCUGAAAAGGGAUGGAGAUGACAGACUGGAUACCGGCAGCUAUGAGUCCUUUUACUACGGCGGAGUGGACCCCUACAUGUGGGAGCCUCAGGAACUGGGAGCGACCAGAAGUCACCUGGACUUCUUUAAAAAACACCGGGCUGCUCGGAUAGAUCACUACGUCAUUGAGGUCAACAAGCUCAUCAUUAGACUGGAAAAGUUGACGUCGUUUGACAGGAUCAACUCCGACGCUGCCAAAAUCAGAGCUAUUGAGAAGUCAGUGGUGUCAUGGGUGAGUGACUCGGAUGUCCCGUUCUGUCCGGACUGUGGUAACAAGUUCAACAUCAGGAACAGGCGGCACCACUGUCGCCUCUGUGGGUCCAUCAUGUGCAGGAAGUGCAUGGAGUUUGUCCCCUUGCCUGUGGCUCAGAAGCUGAUUAACGGGACCCGAGAGGCCCUGUGUGUACCUGGAAGCCCCAUUCAGUCCCAGUCUCCCCCGACUGGAGGUGGCGGCGGCGGGAUGGGCUCCAGGAGAGGCAGCAUCAGCAGCCUGAGCAGCGUCACGUCCAUGCUGGAGGAAAAGGACGACGAGAAGAUUCGCUGCUGUCGCCACUGCAUGGACACGCUGAUGAAGAGGCAGCAGAAGCUGGAAGAGAAGGACCACAUGCCGGAUGUAGUGAAACUCUACGAGCGGCUGAGGAUGUGCAUGGAGAAGGUGGAUGAAAGGGCUCCAGAGUACAUCAGAAUGGCAGAGUCGCUCAAUGCCGGAGAAACCACAUACAAUCUCGACACUGCUGGAGGACUGAGACUGGAAGUGCAGAAAUACUACGAACUAAUCGACGCCCUGAGUAAGAAGAUUUUAACACUAAGAACAAAAGAUGAUCCACCGCCGCAUCCGAAGGCUCUCCAGCUGCAGAAGAUGAUCCGUUAUACAGCCACGCUGUUUGUCCAGGAAAAGCUGUUAGGUCUCAUGUCUUUACCAACUAAGGACAAAUAUGAAGAGCUGAAAGAAAAGAGAAAACAGGAACAAGAGAAGAGACUCCAACAAGAGAGACUGGUUUCCCAGGAGACCCUGAAGAGGAGGCAGGAGUCUGAGAAAAACCGCCCCCCUCCCAGCACCAACGGAGAGCUGGCGCGGGCCCCGAGAGCCCCACACAUGACCAAAGCUGGAGGAUGGUUGCCCUCCGCAGACCAUACAGUCCAUACACGCAGCGAGCUGGAGGACCCCCUCCUCCAGCAGAUCGAGAACAUACAGUCAUUCCUCCGUCAGGCGCGGGAGGCCCAGAGGACAGACGAGGUGGCCAUGUUGGAAGAGAACCUGCGUCAGCUGCAGGACGAGUACGACCAGCAGCAGACCGGCAUAGCCAUCGCGCUCUCCCAGAAGCUGGCCCAGGAGGAGAGCCUGCAGCAGGGGGAGCUCGAUCGUCUGGAAGCCCGGGAGAGGGAGGACUGGGAGCAUUGGGGCCCCGCUGUGGCAAGCACUCUGCCUCCCACCACAUGGGAGAGGUCUCUGGAUGCUAAUCCGGCAGGGGGCUUCCAAGGAGAGGAGGACACUGAAGCAGGAGACCUGACUCCGAAAGCUGAGGGGAGUCCAUCCUCUGUGAGAGCGUUCCCUGCUCUCACAGGCCAGGAGGAGUCGCCUCCCAGGUUGAGGAGCUUAGGGGGGCACGUGACUCCCCCUGGUGGUGAAGGCCAGAACAACGCCCCCCUCAACCCUUUCGAUGAAGAAGACUCUACUCCCGUUGAGGAUCCAUCCAACCCCUUCUUUGAGGACAUAAAGAGGGAACACAAAGAGGUCGGCAAUGAGAAGAAAGUGUACAACCCAUUCGAUGAAGAUGAAGAGGUCGAGGAGGACAAACGGGCCGAGACCGCGUCUGGAAACCCCUUUGAAGACAACGACACAGAAACGGGGAACCCGUUCCUGGAGGCCUCUGGGAACUCUCCAGAAGUCUCGAACAACCCCUUCGACGUGGAAGACGACAACGAGGCGGAUUUGCCCGAUGUGGACAUGAUAGAGGAGGAGCUGCUGCUGCAGCAGAUUGACAACAUUAGGGCCUACAUUUUUGACGCCAAGCUCAACCACCGCCUCGACGAGGUGGAGCUCCUGUCAGAGAACCUCAGAGAGCUACAGCACACCCUGCAAGAGCAGAAGAAGAAGCACUGACACCUUUCCCCCCCCUAAACCCCCCCUGAUUACCUGCUACUUACCAAGUCCUGCAAGGCUAGCUCACUUUAUGACUCAUGAGCCCACUGGUUUUAGUUUGGGCGAGGUCUGCUGCACCACAGAAAGAGUUGGUAAGUCCCAAAAUUAAAGAUGUACUAAAGCUCAGUAGUCUGGAGUGACAUCUUUGUAAACCACUUCUCCUGUACAGCGGCGCGGAGGGCUGGAGUCUAUUUCAGCAUGCACAGUUUUUAUGCACUGCAAGAAACAGUCCAUUUGUACAGUUUGCAUGUUUCUGUAGAUAUUAACUAUGUCGUAUCAGGAACACAAACAGGAAGACAGAAGAAUGGCAUUUAAUCAAUUCUAUUAAUGGGACAUUGAUUGUUGUGGAGUCGAGUCUGGAUGUGGAAGUCAGGAUGUAUGAUUUGGACUUCUGGCUGUGAAGCUAUGAACAAAGUCAAAAACAGAUCUGUGGCCAAGAGUGAACAAUGAAGCAAUGAAGCAGCUGAAUAAUGUUUUUGGAUUUUUUUUUGCCAAGUUUUGUUAAGAGUACUCCAUGGAUAUAGCAUUGCACUCAUAACAUUGUUGGACUCAUGAUGGACGGUAAAAACAAAAGAAUAUGCAUAUUGAUGCAGCAGAACCAGAGAUAUUGUCUGUCUAAUUCUGGCAUCUACAUUACCCAUAAUGCAAAUCCUCCACAAACAGUGCUUGUUAUCCUCGUAGCCUCAUGCGGGCCACAGAAGCUGACUCAAGUGACAUCACUUGAGGAAAUUCUCCAGAUUCCAUGCAGCUCUUUCUGGAGACACAUUCAGACUUUGAUGUGUAAAAUGGGUGGAGCCUCCCUUUAAAUAUAUUGACAUUAGUGCCACCUUUUUGUACCUACAACUUUAAUUUAUUUGUGGAAAUGAAAACUCCUGCUGUUAAUUGAACAAAUACAAAAGAACCAAACCAAUACAUUACUGUUCUGGUUUGGGCCAUGAACAACAAACACUCAGACAAAAUAACAGUCUGAUAAUUAAAUUAGAAACAAAUCAAUUUAGACUUUUACGAUCAGCCUAUAUCAAAAUGUCAUCACAGGCUUUGAUUAUCAAAUCAGUCACAUGACUCGCUCCCUUUAUCGUUUGGGUCAUAGAUUCUUAAGGUAAAUUAAAGACCCAGAAAGAAGCCAUUGUUGUUGCUCCUGUUAUGUGACGUUGACUCAUAAUGACUAUGACGACGUUAUCAGAGGGAAAUGCUUUUAAUCCUUUAUCAUACUAUAAAUAACCACAUGUACAUCUUACCGAUACUAUGUCCAUGAAAGGCUUUGAAUAAGUAUUACUGUUCAUUUCUAUUUCAGUGAAAGUUGCUUUAUCCGUUAAACUGAAUUUAAAAGGUAACCCUGUCUCUGUUAGGUGACAUUUUCUGUCUGCAUGGUUUCACUCAGUUCAGGAAUCUUUUACUUUGUGCAUCUUGUCUGUCAUGUUGGCCUUUGCAUGGUUGCUUUUUUAGACCUUUAUUAUUUUUAAAGCAUCGUAAACGCCACAUUAAACCAAGUGAGCUAAACGUUUUCCACGUCCUACUGUGCGACCCUUCAAGGUUGUGAUCUUAUCGUCAACGGAGGCACUACAGAUCCGACUGAGCACUUGGGUUGCACGAUUUCUGACUUGCUUCUUUAUGUCGCUGUUCGAUGCCGCUAUUUUUAUUUAACGAGUGGCCAUGCUCGUCUUCCUGCUUUUUUUUUUUUUUAUACAUUUGGAUUGAUAAAAUAACGACUGUUCCGUACUGUCGGCCAAGAACUAAAGCAUGUAAUUAGUUGUACAUUCUCAACCAAGAAGUCCAUUCAUCCAAGCAGCAUUCACCGUGAACAAACUAAACACUAUCUGCCAAGGCACAACAUCGGCAUCUUGAAAUGAUCAAAUAAGUGUGUACUGACAUUUGUCCGUAUUUGUAAAGAUUAACUAAACUCUUAGGGUUAAUGCAACAUUUUAAACAGGAUUUUGUUUGUCAGAUAAACUAACACUACAUGAAUGCCAGCAAGUAUUAUCACUCACGGUGCUGCUAAGAAAUGUCAUCGUGCUUUCCAGUCAGUCAGAAUGUCCAUAACUUUCUUCAUAGACAAAAAAACAGUGUUCUGUGCCGUCUGUUGAUCUCGCUCUGCUUAUCCGUGAUGUCCACUGAUAAUUUAAAGCAAAACAUGUGACACUAAAUGUUUUGUGAGUGCGAAUAACUCCCGGAGCUUCUCCAUGUGUAUUAGCAGUUGAUUUUAUAGCUAAUUUGCUAAAACAUUUUAGACGCACAAACUGGAAAUUGGAAAAUUCCUUCUCAGCACCAAUAAAAAAAAAUUAAAAAAAAUUGUUUGUAAGAUGCUUCUCGUUUUUUUUCCUGAUUUGAAUUACAAAUGAUCCUCUCGU